CUCGGAACGCGUUGCCGGUAUGCAGCGGCUCAUCAGUGCGUACGCGACUUUUCUCGGCAUCCCGUUUGGACCCGAACUCGCAUCCAUGGUCGCGGGCCCGAGCUCGUCCCACGAAGCCAAAGUGACCGACGCCAUCGCGUUUAUUGAGGCCCAGCGCGAGCGCUUUAGCUACCCCGGCCUCGCGCUCGCUGUCGUGCAAGGCAACGAGACAUUGAUUGCCCGCGGCUUUGGCACCAAGCAGGUCGGUGUCGACACCGACCUCGUCGACGGUGACACACUCUUUGAGAUUGGGUCGGUCAGUAAAACGCACGUCGCUGUCGCGCUCGCCAAGCUCGUUGAUGACGGCAAGCUGCAGUGGCACGACACGGUCAAGCAGCACCUUCCGUGGUUCACGCUUCAAGACAAGUACGCCGAAGAAGUGACGACGAUCGCUGACCUCGCGUCGCACAACUCGGUGUUUGGCAACCACGAAGGCGACGAGCCACAGAUGAUGGGCGCCAUGCAGUCGGAGCGUGAGAGCAUCGAGCGCCUUCGGUACAUGAACACGACACGCAAGGUCCGACCGGGCUUUGCCUACUCGAACGUCGGCUUCAACGUGCUUGGCCAAGUCAUCGAGGCUGUCUCGGGCAGCCACUGGAGCAAGUACUUGACGACCGAGAUCUGGCAGCCGUGGGGCAUGAUGUCGACGUACGGCAGCGCCAUGGACGCGCCCUCGUCGCGCUUAACGCAGGGGCACUUUGUCUGCAGCGGUGCUGUCAUUGGUCCGUACGCGCUGCAGUCGUCGAGCUUGGCCAAGGUCAGCCCCAACGUCCCGAUGCUCGCUGCGGGCUCGAUCGUGUCGUCGAUCAACGACAUGGCGAUCUUCCUCCAGCGUGUUUUGGCCAAAGGCGGGUCUAGCUUCAAGUCGCCGCAGUCGCUCGGGACCAUCCUCUCGGGCCACAACCUCGUCGAGUUGCCGAAUGCCGCGAUGGUCAUGACCAUUUUCGGCCUCCAAGCCAGCCUUGACGGCGACGGUAUCAUGGUCGGCUACGGCAUCGACUUUCUCGGAGACCUCCUCUUUGGCGAGCGCUACGCGAUGAAGAACGGUGCGACCAAGGUGUGCACGAGCACGACCGCGUACGUGCCAGCGCGCGGUCUGGGGCUUGUCCUGCUCGCCAACAAGGCGUCUAUCGGUGGAGAGGCGCACGAUGCGGUCGUCCUCGAGCUCAUGCGCUCGUACGUCCUCGGUCUCUUCCUCGAUAUCCCCAAGGAGACGCUCAACAAGGUCUUUGAAGCCGGGUUGGCAGCCACCAAAAGUGUGCCCGACGUACCCUGCGAUGCGCACUACUUUGACAAGCAGCCGUUGCCGCCAACCAAGGGAACUGUGCCGAGCACGAGCGUUCUCCCGGGCACCUACUUGUUUGAAGUCUCGCCCGACUAUUACGGGCCGGUGGUCCUCUCGCUCCGAAAUGGUCAGUUGCAUUUGACCUACGGCGCGAUCGACGUCGACCUCGUGGCGAAGAGCGCGACCGAGUUUGUGCUGCCGUACGACUUUAUGCCUCCGCAGCUCACGCUGUCGUUCGACGUCUCGGUAGCGACCAAGCCUUCGUUUGAGCUUCUCGGAAAGCGGGUCAUCAAGGUCUAGUCGCUCCCUCUUGCGCUCUUCUACUGUCGACGCGCCCUGACACACAUAGCGUGGCGCGAUCUACGAGUAGAGACAACAAUUAAGCGACUAAUGCAUUCAGCUACCAAGUAGAAGAGACAAACUUGUCGGUUGAAUGAGAUUUAGUUGAGCCCGAAA